CUUGAACGACGGCCUGGAAUAGGGUGGGCGCGCGCACGCGGCUUUGAGCACGUGAUUGCGCGUCCCCGUGGCGUCGCGGAGAGCGAGAGUUGGUGCCUGAGCUGAGCGGAGCUGGUUAGUUGCAGCUUUCCAGCGUGGCAACGCUGCCAAGUGUGGACGAAUGGCCUGCCUUUAAGCGUAGACAAGACUUGUUUCCUUGCGAAAUACGCACGCCGGCGACUCAUACGAAAAGGACUCCAGGAGCAACGAGCCUAUAUCAGCGACAAUUUAUUUGCUGGUUUUUGGCAUUAUCGGUCGACGGUGAAGGGGGCAACUUGAUACGGACCAGCGACACAACUACUCUGGGUCCUUCGGUCCUGAAAUGGACACAGGAAUUGUACCUGAAAAGAAAAGCAGGGUGAGCUCGGAGCGGAGGAAGGAGAAGUCAAGGGAUGCGGCGAGAUGUCGGCGCGGGAAGGAGUCGGAAGUGUUUUACGAACUCGCCGAACAGCUGCCGCUGCCUCACAGUGUCAGCUCCAGCUUAGACAAGGCGUCCGUCAUGAGGCUCACCAUCAGCUACCUACGCAUGAGGAAAUUGCUUGGCCCUGAUGAGCUCAAAGCAGAGGAAGAAAGCGACUUGGACACACAGUUGACCAGCUCCUAUUUAAAAGCUCUGGAGGGCUUUCUCAUGGUGUUGUCAGAAGAUGGCGAUAUGAUUUAUCUCUCUGAGAAUGUUAACAAAUGCCUUGGCCUGGCACAGUUUGACUUGACUGGACAUAGCGUGUUUGACUUCACGCACCCCUGUGACCAGGAGGAGCUGAGAGAGAUGCUGGUCCACAGAACAGGCACCAAAAAGGCAAAGGAACCAAACACAGAGCGCAGCUUCUUCCUUCGAAUGAAGUGCACGCUCACUAGCCGGGGCCGCACUGUCAAUGUCAAGUCUGCUACAUGGAAGGUGCUCCACUGCGCUGGCCAUGUGCGCUUACACGGUGGCCUCAACAAGCAGACCUCCGAGGACCACAAGGAGCCACGGGUUCCUUAUCUGGUGCUGAUCUGUGAUCCUAUUCCACACCCUUCCAACAUUGAGGUCCCUCUGGAUGCCAAGACGUUUCUCAGUCGCCACACAAUGGAUAUGAAAUUCACAUAUUGUGAUGAGAGAAUCACUGAGCUUUUGGGAUAUGAUCCAGAGGAUCUUUUGGAUCGUUCUGUGUACGAGUACUACCAUGCUCUCGACUCGGACCACCUCACCAAGACUCAUCACAACUUAUUUGCAAAAGGCCAGGUUUGUACAGGCCAAUACCGGAUGCUGGCCAAGAGAGGAGGGUUUGUGUGGGUGGAUACACAAGCAACUGUCAUCUACAAUAACAAGAACUCUCAGCCACAAUGUGUGGUCUGUGUCAACUUUGUUCUCAGCGGCAUCCAGGAGGAGAAACUGAUCUUGUCUCUGGAGCAGACGGAAGAUGUGAAGCCUGUAAAAGAGGAGCAACAGGAAGAUGAAAAAGUUGUUGUAGAGAGUUGCUCAGUGGAGAAGUCACCAACUCUGCUGAAAAAGAAUGACAAAGAGGAGGAGAAGGCCACAGAGCUGGAUGUCAUCAAGCUGUUUACACAAACGCCUGAGCCGAAGCCAGUGACCAGCUUGUAUGAGCAGCUAAAAGAAGAGCCAGAGGCCCUUACUCUGCUGGCUCCAGCAGCUGGAGACACAAUCAUCUCCUUGGACUUUAGCUCCCCUGAUUCUGACAUUCAGCUCCUGAAAGACGUGCCUCUCUACAAUGACGUGAUGCUUCCCGCCACCAGUGAAAAGCUGGCAUUGCCUCUUUCCCCUCUGCCGCCCAGUGAGCCCAUCAGUGUUGAUGUCGCCGCCGUGAAUGGGGAAAGUGAAAACUAUGCUGGAUCCACAGCCGCGUCAACAACAAGCCACAGCGCAGCAGAGGUUCCUCCGCCUCCGGAUUUUUGCUUAACCAUGGAGCCGGACAUCUCUGACUUCAAACUAGACUUGGUGGAGAAGCUUUUUGCCAUUGAUACACAACACAAGACCCCCUUUACUACACAGACAAUGGAGGACUUGGACCUGGAGAUGUUGGCUCCCUACAUCCCCAUGGAUGACGACUUCCAGCUGCGCAGUGUGAGUCCUGAACAGCCGCUGUCCUGCGGAUCUGUCAAAUCCCUCCAGAACUCGCCUGUCCACGCCACGCAGGAUCUCUAUAACUAUCUCCGCCUGCCCGUCAAUACGCCAAGUGGUGGCACCACCUCCCCGGCACCACCCGAGCCAGUUUCUGCUCCCCCUUCUUCCCCUGUCUUCAUUAAGAGAACGUCACAAUUGGACAAGGAACUGUCCCUCCGCACCCUAUCAGCUCAAAAUGCACACCGCAAGAGAAAACUGGAUGACAUGCAAGAAAGUGAUGGCCAGGACAAUUUGUCCAUGGAAAAUGUGGAAAAAGGGAAGAAACUAAAGGCUGAGUUGGCCACAAUCCAAACUGUACUUCUGCUGCCUUCAGAUUUGGCAACUUGCCUCUUGGGCAGCACAUCCGAGGCCACCAGAUCCCUCUUGAACCUGCCGCAGCUCACCCGCUACGACUGUGAGGUCAACGCCCCUCUGCAGGGCCGCCAAUGUCUUCUGCAGGGGGAGGAGCUCCUGCGUGCAUUGGACCACGCCAACUGAGUCCGCUUUGGUGCUUCACUGGACACUACAGUUUCUCCUACUCAUUUUCCUGCCCCCCGCUCUUAUUUAUCUAAAUACGUCCAAUUCCAGUUUGGCUGCUGUUUGCGCACAUCAUAUGAAGUCCAUAGCAUUCCACUGUGGCAAACGCCAUAGCAGCAUCUGGGUCACUACGAGGGAUUCCGGUAGCACGAGUUUCCAGUUUAUUUUUUUUUCUUCUCCCCUCUCCCUCCCCUUUCUUCCCUCGUUUCUCUUUUUCUCCUCCUCUGAGUCACUCAGCACACGGCGCCUCUCAGAUGACCUUUUCCACCAGGUCACCAAGAACCUGGCGCAACUGCCAGCAGCGUAUUGUAAGCUUCAGUCGCACAAUUUAUAUUUUCUUAAAAAGAAAACUAUUACCAGCAAUAUAUAUUAAGCCUUUUUAAAGUAGUUUUGAUUGGAUUUGAAGUUAUUUGCUCCCAUGCUUGUAUGUCUUAACAUCUGUAGUCCACAAAUAUGAACGUUGUUUAAACCUCCAGUGGUUCGAAUGUUGGGUCCAUUUAUUCUUGUCUUUGUAUACAUGUAAUUGUGUAGCAAUCCAGUACAUCAGUCACUUUAUGACUUUACUGUAUGCGUGUUAUUGUAUGUACUGUAUACCAGCAAAAUUCACUCAGUAUGGCUUCUCUUGUUCAGCUCUGUCAAAAGGAUGUAAGUAACCUGGUUUGGUUUGCUUGACAUUGCUUUUUCUGCAUCAACCACAACCUGGAUGGUUUAAGUUUGAAAUUUAAAAUAGUAAUUGGAGGGAUUUAAACAGGCUGCAUUCUACUAAUGUGAUCAUAACAUCGAUUUGUCCAUUGCUCAGUUAAUUGUAGUCUGUAACUGUGAUCAAGUAACCAAUCAUACCAUGCUUCUUGUGGCGCUUUAACAUUAAAUGGCUCUUAUAAUUGUU